UUUGUUUCUUGGUCGGUGACGGUGGGCGGAGGAGGAAGUCCAUUAGCCGGAUGGGAGAUGUGUACUCGAGUUGGUUAAUGUAAAACAAAUGGUAACAAUUGCUGAAGUUCAACCAUCUUAACAUUAAUGCACCCUGGAGAUAAUUCAAAACAACCCGAAAAAGAAAACUUCCGUUCGCGAGGCUCUUUGUCUGUGAUUCUAGGGGAAGGAGUUUGUCUAUGUGGGCCAGAAUCUAUGCAGUGCACCAAUGGCUGACAAUGUGAAUGUUUGUGAGAACAAUGACCAGGUAGAAAGACCACAGGGGGAGCUGCGGCAGCGCCGCGAUGCAGGGACCACCAGGGCCACGGCGGACAACGGCACUAGAGGGGAGACGGAGCUCAACGGGCAACCGCCCACGGCUCCGCGGGCGCCUCCCGCGCAUGUGGUCACCGACAGCGAGGAUGAUGAGGAUGAGGAACUGACUCUCAAGUAUGGAGCCAAGCACGUCAUCAUGCUCUUCGUGCCUGUCACGCUCUGCAUGGUGGUCGUCGUGGCCACCAUCAAGUCUGUCAGUUUCUACACGCAAAAUGAUGGACAGCAGCUGCUAUACACCCCGUUCCGAGAGGACACAGACACCGUAGGUCAGCGGGCCAUCAACUCCAUCCUCAACGCCUCCAUCAUGAUCACAGUCAUUGUUGUCAUGACGCUGGUGCUGGUGGUACUCUACAAGUACCGCUGCUACAAGGUGAUCCACGGAUGGCUGUUCAUCUCCUCCCUCCUCCUGUUGUUCUUCUUCUCCUUCAUCUACCUGGGGGAGGUGUUCAAGACGUACAACGUGGCCAUGGACUACAUCACACUGGCACUGAUCAUCUGGAACUUCGGUGUGGUGGGCAUGAUCUGCAUCCACUGGAAGGGUCCUCUGCGUCUGCAGCAGGCCUAUCUCAUCAUGAUCAGUGCGCUCAUGGCGCUAGUUUUCAUCAAGUACCUUCCUGAGUGGACAGCCUGGCUCAUCCUAGCGGUCAUCUCUGUCUACGAUCUCUUGGCGGUGCUGUGUCCUAAAGGGCCGCUGCGGAUUCUGGUCGAGACGGCGCAGGAGAGGAAUGAGGCCAUCUUCCCCGCUCUCAUUUACUCCUCAACCAUGGUAUGGCUGGUGGGUAUGGCCGACAACGUGGAGACCAAGAAUAAUUCCAGCACGCCCCCUCAGCCCGAGAGUCAGGCCGUGCCGAUGACACCCAGCAGCCCGGGAGAGGACGACGGUGGCUUCACCACGACCUGGGUGGGGCACCAGGAGCAGCAGCUGGGCCCGCUGCAGUCCACGGACGAUACGCGGCGCGAGAUCCAGCAGAUGCCCUCGGCGCGGCCGCCCGCCGAUGACGACGACGAGGAGAGGGGCGUGAAGCUUGGUCUUGGAGACUUCAUCUUUUACAGCAUGCUGGUGGGGAAGGCGUCAGCCGCAGCCAGUGGGGACUGGAACACCACUCUGGCCUGCUUUGUGGCCAUCCUUAUCGGACUGUGUCUGACUCUGCUCCUGCUGGCCAUCUUUAAGAAGGCACUGCCCGCCCUGCCCAUCUCCAUCACGUUCGGCUUGGUCUUCUACUUCGCCACAGACAACCUGGUACGGCCCUUCAUGGACCAGCUGGCCAUGCACCAGUUCUAUAUAUGACAGGACCUGGGACUCGGUCUCACCACCACGCUCAUACCCACCCAUGUAAACACAUCCACACACACUAAACACAUCCACACACACGCACACCACUGAGGGCCUUUUUCUGGCCUCACCAGGGACUAUUGGGUAAAGGAGACUGCCCCCGCCUCCCUGCUGGAUGCGUGAUUAAACUGGACCUUUUUUCACCUUAUAACUUUUUUUUUUUUUUUUUUUGUUUUUGUUUUGAGACUUGGUACUUGUUGUGAUUUGCUUCAUCACGGUGAGAUCCUCGUACAAAACCAUCAGAGAGGCACUUCUCUGGUCAGCCAGCGGCCUUUGCAGGGGCAGCAGGAAUGAUGCUCUAAGGCGUUAUCUCUUUAACAACAACAAAAAAACGACAACAACUUUUUUUACCUCUUAAAAGAAAAGCUUACCACUUAAAAAAGAGAAUUACUGAUUUGUGGUCCUUUAACAUUUUCUUCUGUUAUUGUAAUAACUGGAUAAUUAUUAUGCACCUUUGUUGAAUAUUCAUGUUUUUUUUUUUUUUUUUAUUCCAAUUUUUGCUUUUAAUUACUCUUUGGAAUCGGUGCUUGCUUCAUUGCCCAACACUGGUAAAAGAUGCCAUAGUCUCUGCUGGUUGUUUGCCUGCUCAUAUAUUAAGGAGAGUUCUAAACCAAAGUCCUCUGGGAAUGGCUAUGGCUUUGCCAGCAAGUGGUUUUCCUGAAUGGGACUGAUGUUGGUUUGAAUAUGAAUGGAUAUAGAAAGACGACCACAGACAUCAAAUGUGGUGUUUUGGUACUUUUUUAAGCCUUCUCACACUUCCGAAUCCUCAACGUCACAUGCUGAUCACAGAUGCAUUGUGGUCCGGAGCUUAGCAGACACAGCUGCUUUUGAGAAACCAUGUGGAGGUGACCAUAUGGAAUGUACCCGUACAUCGAGUCCUUCCAAGUGACCAAAAUUAACUGCCCAUAACUGAGAGAACGUGAACCUGCACCAAAGUUUUUUUUCCUUUUGUUUUGGUUAGGAUUAUGUAAUGCUUGAUGCUGUGAUUUUUCUUUUUUUGUUUGUUAUUGACUUUUAUUUUUGUUGUUUUUUUGUUUGUUUGUUUGCUGGUACAGUUAUUCUCUUGGUGACAGGCUGAUUCUUCUCCUAGUAGACAUGGGCAUCAAGAUGAAUUCAUGGAAUUAUUUUAGGGAAUUUUGUAAAAAAAAAAAAAAAAACACGAAGAAGAAAAGGCAAACACUGUUUUUUUUUUAUUAUUAUUGGUUUGUAUCAUUUUCAGGAUGUUGUGGAAUAAAUGAGAAAUGUGACUGAGCAGUGUUGCUUCACUGUUCUGUCUGAAUCGUC